GAUAAGCAUACCUUGAAGGUCCGCUAGUCCCGGAAAUACUCGGACCGCUUGUUUCAUCACAGACCACAGUAACCCCGAUGUGAAGGUGGCGGCUCAGUUGAGUCAGGACUCGGGCCUGGCGCCAGUGUAGUGUCAUAUACUGCCAACACUGGUUAAUCUACUACGUGACAUUCUAAUUUCUGACUUCUGACUCCAAGUGCACACACAAAAUGGCGACAGAAAGAGAUCCGCUGCUUGUGGAUGGAAGGACAGGACAUUCAACGCAACAUAGCCCUCCCGGCCCUCGCGAUAUUUCAAGCUCGACGCGCUUCGGAAUCUUGGUUGGUCUAUGGUCUGCCAAUUUCCUUUCGACUUUGAACUUGACCCUAGUCGCGACUUUGCUAGCAUCCAUUUCCUCCGACUUUAACAGGUCAAAUGAAGCUAGCUGGCUUGGUACAUCAUACAUGCUUGCUGCCUGCACUUUUACACCUUUAUACGGACGGUUAUGCAACAUCAUGGGGAGACGGGGUGCAAACCAGUUGGCUGUCUGUAGUGCGGCGCUGGGGACCCUUUUGUGUGGAUUCUCCACGAACAUGGAGAUGUUGGUUGUGGCACGGUUUCUAUCUGGCAUGGGAGGUGGUGGUAUCAUAACGACCUGCAUGAUCGCUACGAGUGACAUGUAUUCCCUGCGGUCGAGAGGGCUUGUGCAAGGGGCAGCAGGUAUGGUCAAUGGCCUCGGCAUGGGUUUAGGAGGACCUCUAGGAGGUCUCAUCAGCGACCGGUUUGGUUGGAGAUGGGCGUUCUUGAUUCAAAUGCCCUUUUGGGCAAUGUCGCUCGCUCUUACGACCUACAACUUGCGAUAUGUCACUCCCGGUAAAAGCAGAAGCACCAAAGAGGUUCUGAAGAGAAUCGAUUACGGUGGUAGCUUUGCCCUUUUAGUCUCUGUCGGAUCAUGUUUGUUGUUCUUGAGUAUGAAAUACAACGAGGAUCUCCCGUGGUCGAACCGAUGGGUAUACGCGCCGCUGGCUCUUGCUGGCAUUUUCUUCAUAAUUUUUAUUUUGGUAGAGUUGUUAGUCGCGCCCGAGCCUAUGAUGGCGCCAUCCCUCUUGAAACAGAAGGUUCCUGCUCUUGUUGGAGCUAGCAACGUCCUUAUGUCAUUGGUCAGCUUCUCCGUGAUGUAUUUCUUUCCGAUGUGGUUCCAGACAGUAGCUCUCACAAGCGCAUCCACAGCAGGCCUGCAUCUGUUUCCGAACAGUAUAUGUAUGUCCAUCGGUGCCUUGUUCGCCGGAUGGAUGAUCCACCAGACCGGGAAGUACAAACUUAUAAACCUUAUCUUCGGUUUAUUCCCAUUCAUCGGGAUGGUUCUCAUCACUUUGAUGCGGGAGGACUCCGGACCACUGCAACAGUGGCUGAGCAUUAUUCCACUCGGGUUUGGCGACGCCGUCGUUGUACAGACGAAUCUCAGUGCACUACUGGCACACAUCCCAGAGAGUUCGAUGGCCGUUGGCACUGGUUUCUCAAAUCUUUUCCGAGGCUUGGGACAAGUAGCGGGCGUUGCGAUCUCAUCUGCGAUAUUCCAGUUCAAACUUGACCAUGAGCUUCGGUCAAGGAUACACGGUGAUGGCGCAGCAGAGAUUGUGAACCAGAUCAGGCAUUCUAUCACCCUCGUGAACAAGUUGCCACCGGACUUACAACGCGCAGCAAGAGAUUCAUACGCUAUAAGUCUCCGCGCCGUGUUCACAUUUGCUACGUGCUGUACAUUGGUGGCGUAUAUUAUCCGACUACCAAUCCCCGAGAAACAUUUAGACAGUCACCCGGAGGAGACUGAUAUAUCCACUAAUCCCGAGUCUCGCACUGUUCACUCAGACGAAGACACCCGGCAGUUUCUUUCCCAACGAAGGUCCUCUACACUCGAGUCGACAGAAGGCACACAAGACUUAGAAAGUGACUCGAUUGGAGGUUCAGCCAGGAAGCGAUAAACUCGCAUCAAUGAUGUUAUACAUGAUUUGGCAAGGACGAGAAGACAGUUUCAUGAGGCGCCGAUUGGCAGUACUAUUUCGUAGUGAAACUACUAGUGUACUUUCAGUGUAGUGGCUUCAAAGCGUUUUGUAAUUGUAUUCGACUUUUUAUGCACGUGG